UAGGUUAUAUGGAAAGUAAAAACUGAAGGAUGCUGUGUACAAAAUUCAGCCGGGGUGCAUUCCCUAAGCUUAUCUCGAGCUUUCGUGGGUUGCAACAACUUGAUCUAGAAAAUGAACUUGGUCUGGGCUGGGCUAUAGAUCUCAAGAAGGAGGUAAAAGCGGGUCUGGCAGAUAAGCCUGCAAUGAAAGACAUUGUAAAUUACUACUUCAACAAAGCUGCUCCCAUCUGUGAAGAGGAGUGCCUCAAGAAUUUUAGAAUUGGUAGCUAUGAAAAAUCUCUUCAAAUGAUUAGGGGAACACUGGGUGUGAUAAAACCGUGUAACAACGUCAUAACAAUCUCGUUUCCCCUUCGUCGGGAGAGCGGAGAGAUAGAGACGAUAACUGGUUUCAGAUCCCAGCAUUCUCAUCAUCGUACUCCAACUAAAGGUGGUCUCAGGUUCUCAGAAUCGAUAGAUGUAAGUACAAUCGACUGCCUGGCUCAAAUUAACAGUUUCACGUGUUCCCUGAUGGACGUUCCCUUUGGAGGUGCUAAGGGAGGAGUAAAGAUAAACCCUGCUAAUUAUACUAAUAGAGAGCUGGAGAAGAUAACGAGACGUUUCACUGUCGAGCUCGGCAAGAAAGGGUUUAUUGGACCGGGAAUAGACGUGUUGGGACCUGAUCUAGGAACCGGAGAACAGGAAAUGAACUGGAUAGCUGACACAUACCGUAAUACUCUGGGAUCCCAGGACUUAAACGCCACCGCUUGUGUUACGGGCAAAUCUCAACUUAUGGGUGGUAUCCACGGUCGAGAAAGUAGUGCUGGUAAAGGACUCUACUUAACCACAUCUCACUUCCUGGACAACGCGGACUUCAUGAAGAUAGUCCAGCUUAUUCCUGGGGUCUACAGCAAGUCUAUCAUCAUUCAGGGAUUUGGUAACCUGGGUAAGCACACAAGCAAAUACUUCUCCCGGUAUGGAGCUAAAGUUAUUGGUAUAAUAGAGAAGGAUGCUUCUUUGUAUAACCCUGAGGGUAUCAAUCACCAAGCUCUUCAAGACUGGGUGGAACAAACAGGAUCUAUAAAAGAUUUCCCCGGAGCAGAAAUGACAGACAGAGAUCUUCUCCACGAACCUUGCGACAUCCUGAUACCUUGCGCCGUUGAGAGGAUUAUCACCAGUGACAAUGUCAACAAGAUUCAAGCUAAGAUUAUUGUUGAAGGAGCUAACUGUACUAUGUCCCCGAUGGCGUAUGAAAUGCUGCUCAAGAAGAAUGUUCUUAUCAUUCCUGACAUCCUUGUUAAUUCCGGUAGCGUUUGCAGCUCGUACUUUGAGUGGCUGAAGAACAUGAGACACGUUUCCUUCGGGAGACUCACCUUCAAGUAUGAGCGUGAGGCAAACCAACAUCUCCUCAACUCUGUUCAGAGCUCUAUUGAGACUCUCUUCAAUAUUGAUUGUCCCAUCAUACCAUCCGCUGAUUUUGAAUCGAAGAUGUCCGGUGCUUCUGAGAAAGACUUUGUAAACAGCGGUCUCUCGUACACUAUUGAAGGAACUGUUGACGACGUUAACAAACUGAGAAAAAGACACGAUCUAGGUCUGGAUCUCCGUCAGGCUUGUUAUGUUCUAGCUAUGUCUAAGAUAGUGACAACCUACGCUACUGCUGGCUACACCUUCACGUAGUCAGGUAUGUUUUGGCAUGUUGAAAUUUGUAUUAUAUUUGUUUAAAAAUCAUAUGAUGCAUGAUUUAUUCAUUAAUAUCGUAGAUUUAUGGUCGACUUUUAAUCAUAAAAAGGUUCAGAAUUUUGAGAUUUUUGGGUUUUAUGUUAAACUAUCAAACCAAAUUCGAACUUCAGUAUUUUAAAUCUUAAAUUGAUUUGGUAUAACGAUUAGCUGAUUUUAAUUAACUUAUUGAUUUAUAAAACCUAAUAGAGAAUAAAACUUUUCCGCUAAUACGAUUUUUUAACCUUUUGAGGGAGAUUCUUUUGGAAAUAUUAUAAUCGAUCCUGGUAAUAUUUACCCUUUGAUAUUACAUUUUUAUAUGGAGGUUCCAGGGUUGGAGAAACUCGAGAAUUAUCUGUAAUAAUAAGAGAAAUAUUAUAUAUUUUUGAAAAGUAAAUGUUAAGUGUUCAGUAUGUUUAGUAGAGUUCAUUUUGUAUAAAUUUUUAAAAAGAAUGGA